CCGUCAAAGCCAUACAUGUCAUUUUCACCAAAACUCCAUUGAAUUUCUUGGAGAGAGAAAACUACCAACCAAACCAAACCAAACCCAGCGAAACUAGGAGGGAGAGACAAUUAAUCAAUUAAUUAAAAAAGUGGAAAAGUCUGGAGAAGUUCAAUCCUUUCUUUUCUCCUCCCCCCCCCCCCCCGCAAAAAAAAAAAAACGCGGAUUCAUUCUGUUUUUUUUUCCUUUUGGUGUAAAUCUUUGGUGGACGAUUCAAAAACCCACAACAGUUUUUCCACCUAUCUUGAUUUUUUAUCUUCUGGGUUGUUGAAACAAGAAAUAUUCUUCGUUGGAUAAUCUAAGGAGUUGAGAUAAGCACAAAAGGAGAAGUGGUUCUAUUUGUUUUGGAUUGGGUUGUUUCAGAUUUCCAUGGCGACUGCAGCGAUUUUCUCCUCUCUAAGGAGGCGGAGAUCGCCGUCGCUUGAGGCAUUCUUGGCUCCCGUUGACCUAACAGGUGUGGCUUUGGUACAAACCCUAGCCUCCAUCGCUACCGACCUGGUUUCUUGCUUCUCUGCUCAUUCAAUCUUCUUUCAGCGCAACAACUCUCGCUCUUUGAUUCGAAAGAUUCAGGUUUUCAUCGUCUCGUUAGAGUGCUUGAAAGACUCAGGUUCUGAUUCUCGUCUUCCUUCAACAGUGGUUCUCUGCUUCAAGGAGCUGUAUUUGUUGCUUUAUCGCUCCAAGAUUCUUCUUGAUUACUGCGCCCAAUCGAGUAAAUUAUGGCUUCUGCUCCAAAACCACUCAAUUUCCGGCCAUUUUCACGAUUUGAAUCAGGAAAUAUCGACCCUUUUGGAUGUUUUCCCUGUCGACGACGUUCAAUUGAGCGAGGACGUAAGGGAGCAAGUCCUGCUCCUGAAAAAUCAAGCCAGGAAAGCCAGAUUAUAUAUUGAUAAGAAAGAUGAGGCCUUGAGAGUCCGAUUCUUUUGGUUUCUCAAUGAAUUUGAGAACGGAAGGAUUCCCAAUCCUGUGGAAUUAAGGCUCUUCUUUGUGGAGGGAUUGGGGAUUGAGAAUGCUAAGAGUUGCCGGGAUGAAAUCGAGUUCCUUGAGGAGCAGAUUGUGAAUCAUGAAGGAGAUAUCGAGCCAACUGCUUCUGUCCUUAAUGGGUUUGUUGCAAUUACAAGAUAUUGCAGGUUCUUGCUAUUUGGGUUUGAAGAAGACGAGUUUGGAUGGAAGAUUGAGAAUCUGAAGAAACCCAGAAAAGGGCUGAUUACUCAGGAGAUUGCGGAUACCUUUAUAAGGAUCCCCAAGGACUUCUGUUGCCCAAUAUCGCUUGACUUGAUGAGGGAUCCUGUGAUCAUCUCAACUGGGCAGACUUAUGAUCGAAGCUCCAUAGCUAGAUGGAUGGAGGAAGGACACUGUACCUGUCCAAAGACCGGGCAAUUGCUUGCCCAUACGCGUCUUGUUCCUAAUCGGGCUUUGAGGAAUUUGAUCAUGCAGUGGUGCACAGCUCAUGGGAUACCCUAUGAUGUAGAAAGCACAGAAGCAUCCGCAGAUUCUCUUGGUGCAGCUUUGCCCACCAAGGCUGCAACUGAAGCCAAUAGAGCUACUGCAGAACUUCUCAUUCAUCAGCUUGCAAAUGGGUCUCAAGCAGCACAGACUGUGGCUGCACGCGAGAUUCGUUUGUUGGCCAAAACAGGGAAGGAAAACCGUGCCUUCAUUGCGGAAGCUGGGGCAAUACCUCAUUUAAGAAAGCUACUCUCUUCACUAAAUCCUGUUGCUCAAGAAAAUUCUGUAACUGCAAUGCUUAAUUUAUCCAUUUAUGAUAAGAACAGGAGUCGAAUUAUUGAUGAGGAAGGGUGUUUAGGUUCCAUAGUUGAAGUUCUUAGAUUUGGGCUUACAACUGAGGGAAGGGAAAAUGCUGCCGCAACAUUGUUUAGCCUCUCUGCGGUUCAUGAUUACAAGAAGAGAAUAGCAGAUGAGGGAGGUGCAGUUGAGGCCCUAGCAGCAAUGUUGAGAAUGGGGACUCCGAGGGGGAAGAAGGAUGCUGUCACAGCUUUAUUUAAUCUGUCAACACACACAGAUAAUUGUGCAAGAAUGAUAGAGGCAGGAGCUGUUACCGCACUUGUAGGGGCUUUAGGGAAUGAAGGGGUUGCUGAAGAAGCAGCAGGUGCAUUAGCCUUGGUUGUUAGGCAACCUAUUGGGGCUGAGGCAGUUGGCAAGGAGGAAAUGGCUGUGGCAGGUUUAAUAGGGAUGAUGCGUUGUGGGACACCGAGAGGGAAGGAGAAUGCAGUUGCAGCUUUGCUUGAGUUAUGCCGGAGUGGUGGGGCAGCAGCAACCGAAAGAGUGGUUAGGGCACCAGCAUUGGCUGGUCUGCUCCAGACUCUUUUAUUUACUGGUACAAAGCGGGCGAGGAGAAAGGCAGCAUCACUUGCUAGAGUGUUUCAAAGAUGUGAGAAUGCCUCUUUGCAUUAUGGUGGAUUGGGUGUUGGAUAUGCAUUUGCAGGCAAUUCAACUACAAACAGGGAUUCAAGUUUUGCUAAUGAUGUUUCGGUGCCCAUGUCUAUUUCAGUACCUGUUUUGUAAUUGUGGCAACACCUUGGUGUUGUCCUCCCCGUCUAUAUAUGUUCCCAUUUUUGAUGGGUUAUGUUUACAAAUUCUUUCAUUGAAAUAUAAGUUUAUAAAAGAAAAUUACAGAA